GCCAUUUUGUUUUGGUCGCUUAGAUGACUGACGAAAGUCCCUUUUCUGCUCGAAUUUCGCGAGGGGUCUUCGAAUCACCUUAGACGUUUGUUUUUGUCAGCGAUGUCACACGAAUCGCGAAAUAUGAAAGUGUCGACCAGCACGGCAUCAUCCCACAAGACUUUCAUUCCGUUUGGGAACUCCGUUGUCUUGAAGCGCUGUGUUGACCUUAACUGUGGUUGCAAGUCUUCCUUCCAUUGCCCAUUCUGUGAUCUUUCACAUUUUAAGGCUACAAAACCCAGCAGAGUGCAGGAUCAUCUGGAAGAAUCUCAUUGGCCAAAUGCUGUCCAGUACAAAGACCUGUUCAUUCUGCGCUGCUUCCACCUGUGUGCAGAGGACAUUGGGGGUCACUACCACUGUCCAGUGUGUCCAGAGCUUAUUGAUCGGAGGUUUAAAUUUGUCUCUCACCUACAGGCUCAUUUGGAGGACAAGGGAGAGAAUGUCCACUUAGCCUAUGCUCCUGAUGCCAAACAACCACCAUGUUUGGUGUAUCGGGACUUUACCUUACGUCGGUGUGAGGAUAGUUGUUGGAAUAACCCUGAGCCAGGACUGGGACACUACCAUUGUCCGGGCUGUGACAAUAUCCAGACUACCACCUCCAGCAUGGCCAACCAUCUCCGCAAGUGCUUUGCCCUGAUCAAAAUGAAGCAAGAAGGCAGUAUUAAUACCAGGACAUUAGAAAACCCGCAGCAGGUCUUUGCCGAAUAUUGGCACAAGUCUAUUGUGAGAAACACAUCAGACAUUCCUAUCCGUCGUUGUUGUUCUAGGAAAUGCUGCAACCGUCUGUAUCACUGCCCUCUGUGUACUUACGAAAGAACAGAUCCUAACACGAUCGCAAACCUACGCAUUCACUUCAGCCAUCACCAAGACAAUGCUGUCACUCAUAGAGGCUACACUAUCCUGGCCUGCCAUCUGGAUUGUGAACAAUAUGGAGUCGCCAAUCCAGCCUUGCACUAUCACUGUCCUUACUGUGGCACCACAAAGUCAGGCUUGGCACAGUUCUCCAGCCAUUUAGACACCUGCAGACAGCUCAGCAGCCGUGAGAUGGAGACUGAGGAUGCCCCUGAAACUGAAAUCAGCAGUGUCCUAGAAAAUGAAGAUGUCCUGUGUCAGACUGUAGACUCAGAUGAUGACAUGUCAGGAGGUGAAAUGGAUAGGAGCCUGCCUAGACAUGCUCUGGAUUCUAAGGCACAAAUUGAGAUGUUCGAUUCAGUCACAGCAACCUUAUCACAGCCAUUCCUCAAAGUGUUUAACUUUGCUACCCUUGUUACCGCUGAGAAGUUGUUAUCAGAUGUUGCAGGGGCAACAAGUGUAGAGUGGAUCUCCUCCCCAGGCACUGACCCCAGCCGCCCUGUCCUUAGUGUCAAGGGAUGCCUCGCUAACAUUCUUAAAGCCGAGUCCUAUCUGUUUGAGAAAUUCUUACAAAUCAACAAUGACAAAAGUGUUUCUGUGAAGACAACAAAACCAGAUUGGGCCAUGCCUGUAGAAAAAACACCUGAUAACUUCCCAGCUUCCCCAUCGAGCUCCACGGUUAAUGUGUCCCCUGUGACCUCUGCGACCCCCAUGACCCCCACCAAUGUGGCAACACCCUUCAGCUCUCUUCAUGAUCAGCCUGCACACAUUUUGGAAUUAUCGAGAAGUGAGAGCCGAUCCUCGCCUCCAUCACGUCUGAAAACAAUGCCACUGCUUAACAAUUUUGGCUCGAUCAGUGGCAGUAGUGUUGCUGGGAUUGAAGUGCUCCUAACCAAAAGCACCAACCAUGACCAUCGUUAUUCAAGCACAGAUCCAAAAUGUAGGAUCUCUAGUUAUGCUGAUCUAGGCUCAACUUGGAGUGCAGGAAAAUCGCAACCUCAUUUGCAAAAAGGAAAGAAACUUCAGUUUUCAGAUAAACAUAAGGACCAAGGAACUGAUGCAGAAGAUACUGAACUAUUGACUGCAAAUGAAAAGAGUAAAGUCUUUUCAAGUGAAGUCUUGUAUUGCAUAGUCAAGACAGAGAGCCAAGCAGCUUCAAGGAGAAAGUCCACUUUCACACAUUCUGUAUUAGAAGAAUCACCAGCAGUGCAAGAGAAAAGGUAUUCCACAAGAAAAGUCUCAAAAGGGGUUCAAGGCAAAACAGAAGUUCAGACAGAAACUCAGAACUUGCUUGAGGAAAAUGGCGCCUUACCAGAAAAAUUAUCUACAGGGCAAAAUAAAGCGAUUGAUACCGUUAAGAGAUCUACUACAGUGAAAGACUGUACCAAAAGUAGUCCAAAGGCAAUGUCUUCUGACCUUGUCUCAGUGGACACUGCAGAAUUAAUAAACUCUCCGACUAAUGGUGAGAAGAGGUUAUCUGAAACACUUCCUGAAAAUCGGUCUCCAAAGAGGUACUUUACUCGAGGUCAUAGGGUUGAUACAAGUAUGUUUAGAAAGCAAAAUAAAGCGAAAGAUGAACCAAGUGUUCUUACAAACAGUAGGUCCACCAAAUCAUCAAAGGCCUCCAGGAAAGAUAGAAACCCAGAAAUGCGUGGUACAAAGGAUGAGGGAGAGAAUGUAAAUGAGGAUAUCAAAGUUGCCAAACAAGGAAGUAUAUGUACUGGCAAGGAAAAAACUCAAGUGUUUCUCCUAAACGACCUACCAGAUGACAUUAAAGCAGCCUUACCUUCAACUUCCAAGAUUACCACUGUUGGAAAUCAACAGGUGAUUUACAUGAACCAUAUGUCAGAAACUGUCAAGCAGUUCCUUGAGAGUCGGUCAUCAUUAAAGGCCUCAGAAGCGAAGUCACAGUCACUUGAGUUUAAUGAAUUACCAGAGAACUUGAAGAGACUUCUCUCAUCGACAGCCCAGAGUGCAAAUAUAUCUCUCACGUUUAUCCCAUCCUUGCCUGGAGGACCAGAGCGAGGUUCUUCCUUCAAUGAUGGGAAAGAUGUUAGAAAUCAAUCCUCUCUCGCUUUGAAUUCACAUACUGAUGCUACUGUUGAGAGUUGUUAUAAUCCAGAAGAUUCAAAAGGGAGACCAUCGGCAUACCCAAGUCCUAAAACAGCUACACUACAGGCUGUCACAUCCAGGGCUUCAGAAAAUUCAUCCAAGCCUCUACACCCAGCAUCUUUAUCUUCCGACGAAUUGACCAACGCAUCACAGGAUUUAGCCAACAAGAUGUUUGGGUUACAGACUGAGAGGAAAUCAGCCUCACCCGUUAAUAAAUCCGAGGGGAUGCGAAUUCCUGCGUUGAUUGGUACCAGACAGAUUAUCUCUAGCCAGAGUACCCCAGCAAGUUCUGGUCCCUCUGUGUCUUCGAACUUAACAGAGCAAUCCAAAGUUGUCCUAAGAAAAUAUCCUGCUCUACCUCUUCCUAACUUCUUGGGCAAGCAGUCUUGUUAUAUCCCACACAUUGAAGUCGGUUUGUCAUUCACUGAUGUGGGGCUUGUGGUGGAACGAACAAGCCUAAAGCAGAAGAACAAGGAACUUUCUCAGACGCAUGAGAAGAUGUCGUCUGACAAUUCUUCACUAAAUAUUCGACGGAAAGAGAAAGCCCAGAAGGUGUCAGAGAUGUCAUUGGAAGUGGAUGUCCUCGCAUCUAGUUCAAACAGUCCCAGAGUUUAUUCAGAAUCUGAAAUGCCUCCCCAGUGUCGACCAGUUUUGAAUGAAGUUGAAACUUUAAAAGCUGACAAAAAUAUUGAGGCUAUUGAACUUUGUAUUGACAAUGACGCGACGGUUAUCGUCAACAAGUGCAUGACUUGUCCUGUGUGUGGAGUUAGAUAUUUUAAACCUGAAAGACUGGCGGCGCACAUAAUGUUCAGCCAUUACAAGUACAAGUGUGAAGUGUGCUUCGCUGUGUUAACUGAUAAAGAUUCUCUUGUCAACCAUUUAAGGAGUGUUCACAACGCCACCUGUCAACCUAGAAAGCGAGAAACUACUGCACCCAGAAGUGAAAUAUGUAAAUGUGGACACUGCAAUAAACGCUUUACAAAUCGUAGGAAACUGGAUGGCCAUCAGCACAAAGCUCACGGCGCCAUCAUUCGUUGCAGUAUUUGCAACAAGAUCUGCACCGAUAUUUAUCGUCUCACUUCACAUAUUAACGUUCGACACUUUAAGCAAGGUGCAACGGUGUGUGACAUUUGCGGAAAAGAGUUUCCUAUAGAACGAUAUAUGAAUUCGCAUCGACGAAGACACUUUCAGGAAAAGAAACAUGCGUGUCCGACAUGUGGCAAAAAGUUUUUGGAUACUAACACGUUGAAAGAUCACAUAGAGACGCACAAACCAGCAGAGGAUAGGCGCUACCGAUAUAUCUGUUCUUUUUGUGGAAAGCGUUUUAACAGUAAGCGCAGUUUCAUUGACCACACCAACAUUCACACAGGUAACAGACCCCAUGUGUGUAAAAAAUGUGGCAAGUCGUUCAGCUACCUCACAAUACUGAGAAAGCACGAAAAAACGAAGCAUGAUGACCGCAGACCGUUCGAAUGUGAACUUUGUUCGAAAGCCUUUAAAAUGAAAGCCAACCUCAAGGCCCACAUGGUCACCCACACUGGAAUCAGCAGGUUCACGUGCCCGUUCUGUCGACGCUGUUUCGGAACAGCCGCCAUUUGUAAGACGCAUAUCUCUAAAUGUAAGGUCUCGAAAGCAUUUAAACAUGAUUCAGACCCAAAUACUGAGGCUGUCCAAGCCAUGCAGAUGUCUGUUGUAACCAACUUGCAGAAUCUUGCCGAAGAUAGUACACUAGUGGCAGCGAUGCAGAUGGCCCUCGGAAACCAACAGACCGUAGAGCUGCAACCCACGGGCAGCGAGUCGGAGGAAGUGCUACAGGAGACAUUCAUGUACAUGUGCAGUGCAUGUUCUCAAACCUUUGACAACAUUGCCGCCGCUGAGCUUCACAUUAACCAGUGCCAAGGGGCCACAUCGAGUCAGGAAAUCUGGUGUGAACAGGAUAUACUACAGUAAGUGACCACACUUAGAUGGUGACUCACAACUUCAUGUAAGAAUCUCUGGCUGAACAAUACCUUGACUUUCAUAAAGCGUACUUAGAUAAUAUUGUUUGUGAAACCUGAAAUACCGUUUUUGUAAAAUCCAGCUAUUGUAACCGAAAUGCUGUAUUCAUAAAAAUUAAACGUCUGAUACACGUAUCUAUUUCUGUUCACAUUUCGUGAACGUAAUGAUAAUAAUAAAUUGGACUCGUCCGUCAAGAUAAUACUUUUGCUAUAUUAUUGUUACAGCAGUUACGUUAGAAAUGCAAACCAGGCUUUAAGUAUGAAUAUUCUGAUGACAUUCGGCCCUUUACAGCGUAAGAGCCCAGUGCACGAGUUACCUUUUUAACAUAACCUCACUAAAAUUUUAUGUAUGUUUGGUUGCCAUAA